AUGACUUUAAGUUCACAUCUUACUAACACCGCAAGUGGUGAUAUCGGUUUGAUCGGUUUGGCCGUCAUGGGUCAAAACUUGAUUUUAAAUGCCGCUGAUCAUGGUUUUACUGUCGUUGCUUACAACAGAACCGUAUCUAAAGUGGAUGAAUUUUUGGACAACGAAGCAAAGGGGAAAUCCAUCAUUGGAGCUCACUCCAUUGAGGAACUCUGUGCUAAUUUGAAACGCCCCAGAAGAAUUGUCCUCUUGGUUAAGGCUGGCAAACCUGUGGAUGCUUUCAUUGAGCAGUUGUUGCCACAUUUGGAGAAGGGCGAUAUCAUCAUCGAUGGUGGUAACUCCCAUUUCCCAGAUUCCAACCGUCGUUUCGAGGAAUUGAAACAGCAGGGAAUUCUCUUUGUUGGAUCCGGUGUCUCUGGAGGGGAAGAGGGCGCCCGUCACGGCCCCUCUUUGAUGCCUGGUGGUCACCCUGAUGCUUGGCCUCAUAUCAAGGACAUUUUUCAAUCAAUUGCUGCUAAAUCUGACGGCGAGCCAUGCUGUGACUGGGUCGGAGACGGUGGUGCCGGCCAUUAUGUUAAGAUGGUCCACAAUGGUAUCGAGUACGGUGACAUGCAAUUGAUUUGUGAGGCAUAUGAUCUCAUGAAGAGAGUUGGAAAGUUUUCUGAUAAAGAGAUUGGAGAUGUUUUUGAGAAGUGGAACAAGGGUGUGUUGGACUCUUUCUUGAUUGAGAUCACUAGGGACAUUUUGCACUUCAAUGACCCAACCGAUGGAAAGCCUGUCGUCGAAAAGAUUUUGGACACAGCUGGUCAGAAGGGUACUGGAAAAUGGACUGCAAUUAAUGCUUUGGAUUUGGGCAUGCCAGUCACCUUGAUUGGAGAAGCAGUGUUCUCUAGAUGCUUGUCUGCCCUUAAGGAAGAGAGAAUCAGAGCCUCUAAGACUUUGGAUGGUCCAAGUGUCGAAGGUGACUCUCCAAUUACUGAUAAGCAAAAAUUUGUUGACGAUUUGGAGCAAGCUUUGUACGCUUCCAAGAUUAUUUCUUACGCCCAGGGCUUUAUGUUGAUCAGAGAAGCUGCCAAGGAAUACAACUGGAAGUUGAACAACCCAGCCAUUGCGUUGAUGUGGAGAGGAGGCUGCAUCAUUAGAUCCGUUUUCUUGGGUGAGAUCACUUCAGCUUACAGAGAGAACCCUGAUUUGGAGAACUUAUUGUUUCACCCAUUCUUCAAGGAUGCCGUCAUCAAGGCGCAACAGGGUUGGAGAUCCACUGUUGCAAAGGCCGUUGAGCACGGAGUUCCUGUUCCUGCGUUCACGACUGCCUUAUCCUUCUACGAUGGUUACAGAUCAGCCAAGCUACCAGCAAACUUGUUGCAAGCUCAAAGAGAUUACUUUGGUGCGCACACCUUCCAGGUCUUGCCCGGUGAGGAGAACGACUUUUUGAAGAAGGACCAGUGGGUUCACGUCAACUGGACUGGAAGAGGUGGAAAUAUCUCUGCCUCUACUUACGAUGCUUAA